AUGAUUGGUGGUCUGGUGUCUAGCACACGUAUGCCGUGGACUGGCUCCCCAUGACGACGCUUGACCACAACAUUGCCUCCUGUGUGGGAAGUGGACAUGUCAGAACGGCCACAUAUGACAUUCGAAGGUACAUUUUUGACGCGAGUGGAGUAGAACUAGCCAAAGUGAUCCCAAAAUGAAGAAUCAGCAAGUGUUGGUUGACUACUGGACCAUGCUCAAGACCUCUGGGCUAUGCCUACUGCUGGCCUUCUGUGGAUUCGUACUCCUCAAGAUGGUGCAAACUGUAUUCUGGCUGCCGGGGCACCUGAAGAAGAACCAACAGCGGCUGGAGGAACUGGCCAAGCAGUACGCCAAAGAGAUUGGGGACGACGAGCGGGCCGAGAUCGAGAAACUCUUCAACAGCAACGAGCCGCUGACGGAGGAGCGGAUCAACCAGUUGCUGGACAAGCCGGCGGACGCGGUCGAGCCCAAGAAGGACCAGUAGACUAGAUCGCACGCAUGUUUUAUAUAUAUAUAUAUAUAUGUAUUUUAGUGUAUAAUCGAUAUUUCUUGAUACAGGUUCUAGUUCUUAUUUGCAUAUCGUAUAUGUAACUCACAAACAAUCAAUCGGUUAACCAAUUCAUUAAUAAUGCACAAUAGCUCAAUUACUGCGGGGAGAACGUAUAAUAGGUGUUAUUAUUGUGUCUGCUGCUGCUGAUUCUGCUGCUGUGUAGGGAGCAGCUAUGUGUGUAUAUUCGCUACUGAUAUAUGCGGACUCAGAGCCCUUUCCUGCAUCGUUACCAAAGAUACUCCGCUCCUGCGACCUCCUCGACCGCAUUGUUCCUAACUAACUCAUAUCAAAUACAAGCAAGUGUACCAUUUACUACGCAGUAAUUAUUCUACUUUCUGUGUUAGAUUCAUGUUAAAAGCUCAAAAUAGCGAAAGUCUCCAUCUGUUGAGGGGUUCAGUAAUUAAUUUUGCUAUGGUUCCUAAAAAUACCGUGUACUUAAGGGGGUUUCUCUGUCUCGUCCUCUGCCUGACAACAAAAAUAUCACGAGAAUCUUUUGCUAUAUUACACAUAGGAUAAAAACAUAUCCAUUAAUCAACUUGGAAGUGCCAAUCGACCGGGUAAUUUUGAGUACUCACAAUAAAAAACAUAGGGCUAAGUCUAAUGAAAGAGUCCUAGGCAA